AUGCGUGCUUCGCGAGUCUCAGGAGGAGCCGGCAUUCCGGAGCAGGACAGUGUUGGUUCCGAGAAAGAAAACAGCCUUUUCAAGCUUUUCCACCCUGCAAGCGAGGGGGCCGAGUCAGGGGGCCUGCUGGUCCCGUUACUCGCCCCUCCCCCCGUCAAUGUGCCACUUGGGCAUGGAGGCAGCCUGGCCUGGCAGGGGCUCUGGAGCCACAGGCUUCUCAGCCUCCGCUGCCUCUCCGAUGGCCCUGUGGGUCCUGCUGCCUGGGCCCCAGCGCCCGUCCUUGGCCUUUCAGCCGAGGGCCCACAGGAGCCCGUGCCCACCCUGUGGAACGAGCCCGCUGAGCUGCCGUCCGGAGAAGGUCCCGCGGAGGACACCAGCCCCGGCAGGGAGCCCGCGGCCACCGGUCCCCCCGCCGCCACCAGCGCGCAGAGCCCCGAGGACAGCACCGCGCAGGAGCGUCUGGACCAGGGCGGCGGCUCGCUGGGGCCCGGGGCCAUCGCGGCCAUCGUCAUCGCCGCCCUGCUGGCCACCUGUGUGGUGCUGGCGCUCGUGGUCGUUGCGCUGAGGAAGUUUUCCGCCUCCUGAAGAGAAUAAAGGGGCCGCGCCCCCACCGCGGCGCGACCCGGCUGCACCCGCGGUGUGCGCCCCGUGUGUCCGCGCGUGAGUGUGUAGGGGCGCCGGGGCCGCCGCUCGGUGGGGGGCGGAAGACCGGGCCGGGCUGGACCUCAGAGCCGCGUCCCGGCCUCCGCCCCGCGGCCCUGGUCCCCGAACUGUCCGGGGCCCGUCCCCUUCCCACCCGUCCGCCCAGGCCAGAGGGCUACUAGCUGCCGACUAGCGGGGGCCGCAGGAGCAGGAGGGGCAGAUCGAGCCUGACCGGCCCGCCGCCCUACUUCUUGCUUCGCGACUGGGAGACGGCAGGGGCGGGGGUCGCAGGGAGGCGGCCGUCGGGCGUCCUACGAGGGACUGGGUUAUUGCUGGUGGCGAGUCUUCUCACUUGGGCAUCGGGGGCCCCACUUGUGGGAUCGGAACCCCAGGCCGCACCCCAGGGCCCCUGGGCCCCCUCUUCCCCAGGAAGCCACAGCAGCGGGCGGAGCCGAGGGGUGAAGCCUGGGUGCUGUUGGCCAUGCCCCCGCACCCCAAACCCGCACGCCCAGGUGGCCUGUUGAGCUGCAAGUAAUGCGUGCUUCGCGAGUCUCAGGAGGAGCCGGCAUUCCGGAGCAGGACAGUGUUGGUUCCGAGAAAGAAAACAGCCUUUUCAAGCUUUUCCACCCUGCAAGCGAGGGGGCCGAGUCAGGGGUGAGGGACCACCCAGCUCGCCCCCUCCUUGCCCUCGCUGGCCCAGGCACACCGUCAUUGGUCCUGCCUUAUGUCUUUCACAUUUCCCAGGAAAACUAGCUUUUAUAAUUCAGAGAUUUGAAACAGUGGCUUCUAACCUGAGCACAGCAGGUUAGAAGCCAGAACUGCAUCUGGCCCCACCCCCAAGGGCCCUCUGGAGGGGAGACCAGCGGCCCGGGGGAGGGGCUGUCUGCACACCUUGAGCCAAUGGGAGAGCCCUGAGUGGGUGCUAGCGAAAGGGGAGCCCUUCCCCCACCUUCCACUCUUUCCAGCAAGUGUCUGUGCUUCCUUGGUUUCCCUGGGCUGCUUACUAUUCUUAUUCCAGCUAAAACUUAAUCUUAUACUACACGGAUUUACCCUCCUGGAUACUGCAGAUGAGCACACGUGGUAUUCACACACCUUCCCCCCAACACAUGAAGGAUUUAGUUUCUGCUUAUAAAGGACUGUUAUGAAACUAACCAGUUUUCAUCAAAACGCUUACAUUAUUUCAUUUCACACAACCUCCCAUAACUAUAGCCCUGGUUAAAGCAGAUGGUCCCAGUCAGCAUGCUGCGCCCAGCUUCAAAAAGAAAAGCCAGACAAGGACCAGGGCCCAUGGCCACCCACCUACUUUGCCCCAGCAGCAUGGGGGCUCAGGAUUGGCCCCUCUCCCCCUUUCCGCAUCCCUGGGAGACUCAGGUGCAGCUACUCCCCUUGGGGUAGCAGAGGCCCCGAGAACCUCAGCUGCUCCCUGUUGCACCAGUGUUGCACAUAUAUGCAUCUUCCAGGGAUUCAUGCAAUUCUCAAAGUGUCUGAGGUCUCAGGAAUGCUGAGCACCAUGCUUUGGUCCAUGGGAAGAUGCUGCAAAGUCCGAUGUGACUUAAAUCCUGGGCUUCUAAGGCCUGUUCUGGUAUGGAGGAAGGUGUGUCCUGGCGGGAAGGUGUGGUCCCAGGCCAGCAGGGCUGAGCAGGGUCAGAUUAAGGCCCCUUCACACUCCAGGACAGAACCAGGGUGCGAUGGGGUGAUUUCUGGGGCUAGUUGGGCUGAGGAGCAGCAACCUCCAGGUAACUGGCUACCAGCAAAGGAGGGAAAAAGUGCUUGAGGCCAGUGACUGAACCUGUAGGAAGCCCUAGCCCCAUGCCUGAUGUCAGAUCCCCUGUAGGACUAACACCCAUUGACACCCCACUCCCACUGUGGUCUUCCAUACCUGCAUUCUCACUUCCACUGCAACAGAAGGGCAUUCUCAACUCCCUCAAACAGCCUCAUGUGUUUCUGGAGUCUUUCCACAGUCGAGCCCAAAUCCACCUCCCUCCUGGGGCCCCAAUGCCAGCCAGCUGCUUCCUUCACCCCUAGAGGCCUCCUCAACCUCUUUAGGACAUGCCUCCU